AUGAGGAGAGACGUUCCACAAAGAGGCAUGAAGACCACAUGUCUGUGGACUGCCGCCUUGCUGCUGUCAGUCAUCUUUCUGGUUGCGAGUGCUGACUCUCCAAGUUCCGACUUGAGAUAUAACUCAAAAUCCAAAGUGAAGACCUACUGGGAUGAAAGCAGCAAGGCCGUCUCCAUCAGCCGUCUGCUGUCUCAAAGCCUCUACGGCAAAGAGAACUUCACCUCUAUGGAUCUGAACUACGACGAUGGGGACUCUUACUCUAAGCAAGAGCAUUGGAAAUGGCUUUACAACACCUCAACCUCCCGUGACCCUCGAUCAAGGACGAAAAGACGCCCCAUCGUCAAGACUGGAAAGUUUAAGAAGAUGUUCGGUUGGGGUGAUUUCCAUUCUAACAUCAAGACCGUGAAGCUGAACCUCCUCAUCACUGGCAAAAUUGUGGAUCACGGUAACGGCACGUUCAGCGUCUACUUUCGACACAAUUCAACCGGUCAGGGCAACGUUUCCGUGGGACUUGUUCCUCCCACCAAGGCUGUGGAGUUCCAGGUCCACCAACCGCACCAGCAGUACCACCACCAUCACCAGCAGCAGCAGCAGACGGCCCUGGAGACCAAAGAAACCAAGCUGUUCAACUGCAGGGUGGAGUAUGAAAAGGUGGAGAAAGGCACCAGGAACUCACUGUGUGCCCACGACCCCUCGCAGAGCUGCCCUCAGGAACAGACCCAGAGCCACGUGUCCUGGCUGUGCUCCAAACCCUUCAAAGUCAUCUGCAUCUUCAUCACCUUCUACAGCACUGACUACAAGCUGGUGCAGAAGGUGUGCCCAGACUACAACUACCACAGUGACACCCCCUACCUCCCUACGGGUUGAUCACAAGACCAGACGAAGGGGGGGAAAGAAAAAAAAAGACACAGAGACAGGCUACAGGGUCCUGAGCAAUGUCAGAUUAUUUGAAAGAAAAUGGAGUCAAGAUGUCGACAGGCAUUAUUACAAAUAACAUAUCCUUGUCACAAGACUGAUAUUGCUCCAAUGAACAAACCUAGCUUGAGGUCA